GCGGAGUCCACUCCAUCGACAUACUGCUCAAAAAAAAAACCAUCCCCGACAUUGCUGCGCCGGAUGCGGAGACGCCGGCACUGAUCCGGCCGGCCGCUCUCCUCUUUCCCCCGAUCUCCACAGCCCGCAAUGGCGCCGGCGCCGGCGGGGGCCUCGCCCACCCGCAAGCGGAGGUCUGCCGACGAGCCGCCGCGCGUCGUGACCGAGCGCGCGACGAGGGGGCGUCCGCCCAGGGAGGACGGCGGCCCCGAGCUCGUCGGGGACCCCAUCCCCGCCGACGAAGCUCGGGCCAAGUUCCCCAACCGCUACCACCACCAGCGCAGGAACGGGGAGGGGGAGGAGGAGGAGGUGGAGGCGCGCUGCCAUUACCGGGCAGCCAAGGUGGAAGGAACCGUCUAUAACCUCGGCGACGACGCGUAUGUGGUGGCUGAGGAAGGAAGGCCUCAUUUCAUUGGUAGGAUCACCGAACUUUUUGAGGGAACAGACCGCGUCAAGUACUUCAACUGCCGCUGGUUCUUCCGAUCGGAGGACACGGUGAUCUCGACCGCGGAAUUGGUUGGUGAUCAUAGUCAUGAUCCCAAGCGGGUCUUCCUCUCUGACGAGAGGAACGACAACCCGCUUGACUGUAUUGUGUCCAAGGUUAAAGUACUGCAAGUCGAUCCCAAGCUUGAUCUGGAAGCAAAAGCCCGACUAGCGGCUGACAGCGAUCUGUACUAUGACAUGUCGUACACUGUGCCCUACUCUACCUUUGAAAAUAUCACAAAUGAUAUAAAUGAAAUGUCAGGGAUUUCUUCGGAUGCUGAUUCGGAGGCUGACACCUCUGUGGCAACCGCAACACUACUUGACCUUUAUUCUGGUUGCGGUGGCAUGUCUACUGGAUUGUGCUUGGGCGCUGCACUAGCUGGAUUGAAACUUGAGACGAGGUGGGCUGUUGAUUUUAACAGCCACGCGUGCAAAAGCUUGAAGUCCAACCAUCCCAAGACCGAGGUGCGGAACGAGAAGGCGGAUGAUUUUCUAUCUCUUUUAAAAGAAUGGGCAGUUCUAUGUGACCAAUAUGUCCAUGGUAAUAAUGCUGAGGCACCUCCUCCGAUGGACGAUGAGGAGGAAGAGGGUGAACUCGAAAAGGACGAAUAUGUCGUACAAAAACUCACUGAUAUCUGCUAUGGUGGCAUUGAUCGGAAAAGUUGCAUUUAUUUCAAAGUGCAAUGGAAGGGAUAUGGUCCCGAAGAGGAUACCUGGGAGCCCAUUGAAAACCUUAGCCAUUGCCCUUUAAAAAUAAAGGAGUUUGUUCAAGAAGGCCACAUGCGAAAAGUAUUACCAUUGCCUGGUGAUGUUGAUGUCUUGUGUGGGGGCCCGCCUUGUCAAGGGAUAAGCGGGUUAAAUCGGUUCAGAAACCGUGACGACCCACUAAAUGAUGAUAAGAAUAGGCAGCUGGUCACUUUUAUGAACAUUGUUUCCUAUUUGCGGCCGAAGUUCGUUUUGAUGGAAAAUGUGGUGGAUAUACUGCAAUUUGCCGAAGGAUAUCUAGGUAGGUAUGCGGUGAGCCGGUUGGUGGCUAUGAACUACCAGUCUCGGCUGGGUAUUAUGUUAGCAGGUUGUUACGGGCUUCCACAGUUCCGCAUGCGCACCUUCCUAUGGGGUGCCCUCACUACAAUGGUGCUACCAAAACAUCCUCUCCCCACGCAUAAUGUUGUUAUACGAGGCGGGGCGCCGAAUGCAUUCACGCAAAGCAUUGUGGCAUAUGACGAAACUCAAAAUCCAACCUUGAAGAAUGCCUUGGUUCUUGAAGAUGCGAUCUCAGAUUUACCGAAGGUUGGUAACGAUCAAGCUGAUGACGUACUUGAAUACCUUGUGAAACCAAAGACAGAAUUUCAGCGCUACAUUCGUCUUAGCCGUAAAGAAAUGUUGGACUACUCAUUCGGUGAUAAAACCGGUCCUGGAGAAGGCAAGCUAAUGGAUCACUGUCCUCUGAAGUUGAAUAAAGAUGAUUAUGAGCGCGUUAAGCAAAUACCAUUUAAGAAGGGAGCCAACUUCCGUGACCUGGAAGGUGUAAGAGUAGGGCCAAACAACGUCGCUGAGUUUGACCCUGAGAUUCCACGAGUUUACCUCGAGUCCGGCAAUCCAUUGGUCCCCGAAUAUGCAAUCAAGUUCAGGAGCGGCAAGUCUCUCAGGCCGUUUGGACGGCUGUGGUGGGAUGAGACGGUUCCUACAGUGGUGACCGCUGCAAGGCCACACAGCCAGAGAAUAUUACACCCGGGCCAGGCCCGGGUUCUGACCGUCCGCGAGAACGCGAGGCUGCAGGGAUUCCCGGAUUACUACCGCCUGGACGGUCCCAUCAAGGAGCGGUACACGCAAGUCGGCAACGCGGUGGCGGUCCCUGUGGCCCGGGCCCUGGGGUACUCGCUGGGCCUGGCGUACCUGCGCAAACACGACGGGAGCGAUGACGGCCCGACGCUGGUGUUGCCCGCCAACUUCUUUAGCCCGGGGCAGACCGAGGCCGCCGUCGCGCCGGCAGAGGCAGACGAGGUUGCAGAGGAGUAGGACACGGAGAGCUCCCGUUGCUGCUGGUCUGUUGAACUGGGGCCAUUUCUGAAAUUGAACUAGGUUGCCGUGAUUGGCUAGGGUUGGAGUUUUACGAUUGGCUAGGAUUCGAGAUUGUGCGUUUUUUUCCUGCUUUGAUUGUAUUUUUCUCAACAUCAUCAUUGGUUCCCAAUUGAUGAUUUCCAUCAGUAGAGUGGUGGUCAUAUGUCUGUUUAUGAAUAGUCGAGUUUGUGCUCAGCUCAAGUUGCAUCUCAUGGUGCCUGUGGUGAAUCAUCUGAUGUUUGUCCAGUAACCAUGUUUGUCCAGUAACCAUUCACACGUGGA